GGCGGGCCGGCCGUGGGGCCUGCUGUGUCGGUAGGGCGCGGUGUUGUUCGUUCCGGGCUGUUCCGGCCGCUCGGAGCCCGGCGGGGCGGGCGUAAGGCAGCCGAGGGCCUCCCGGGGCCGGCCCGCCAGGUGCUGAGAGAAUGACCAUGGCCCAGGCCGGAGCGCUGGUGGCGGCCGCUACGGGAGUCCUCGUCUUCUUCCUGUACGCCUCCAUCCACAGGGUUGAGGAGGGGCACCUGGCCGUGUACUACAGGGGUGGUGCAUUGUUAACUAGUCCAAGUGGACCAGGCUACCACAUCAUGUUGCCCUUCAUCACCACAUUCAGAUCUGUGCAGACCACUUUGCAGACUGAUGAAGUAAAAAAUGUGCCUUGUGGGACGAGCGGCGGUGUCAUGAUCUACAUUGACCGAAUAGAAGUUGUAAACAAAUUGGCACCAUAUGCAGUGUACAAUAUUGUGAGAAAUUACACUGCGGACUAUGACAAGACCUUGAUCUUCAAUAAAAUCCAUCAUGAGCUGAAUCAGUUCUGCAGUGCCCAUACUCUCCAGGAGGUUUAUAUUGAGCUGUUUGAUCAGAUAGAUGAGAAUCUGAAGUUGGCCUUGCAAAAAGAUCUCAAUAUCAUGGCACCAGGUCUUACCAUUCAGGCUGUGCGUGUUACAAAACCUAAAAUCCCUGAAGCUAUCCGAAGAAAUUUUGAGCUAAUGGAGGCUGAGAAGACCAAGUUCCUCAUUGCAGCUCAGAAGCAGAAGGUUGUAGAGAAGGAAGCAGAGACGGACCGGAAGAAAGCGCUCAUUGAGGCGGAGAAGGCUGCCCAGGUGGCCAGGAUUCACUACCAACAGAAGAUUAUGGAGAAGGAAACAGAGAAGCGAAUUUCUGAGAUUGAAGAUGCUGCAUUCCUAGCAAGAGAGAAGGCAAAAGCAGAUGCAGAGUACUACACUGCUCAGAAGUUAGCUGACUCCAACAAGCUGAAACUUACCCCAGAGUAUCUGGAACUCAUGAAAUACCAGGCAAUAGCUGCGAACAGCAAGCUGUAUUUUGGCGACAGCAUUCCCAGUGUGUUUCUGGAUUCUUGUGCCUUCCAGCCAGCUGAUCUGAGGACUACCCGAGAAACUAGCCUUCCUCCUCAGGAAAUCCAGGAGAGCCCUGCAAAGAGCCAUGUUGAAACAAAGGGAAAUACUGGCUGACACAGGUGGAAAGGAACCCAUUGUAGCUCAGCAGCUCUCCCAGCUGUGAAUGGGGAUGUUGCCCAGUGUUUGAUGGAGCAGAUGCAGCAUGUGCAUGGGCAUCCUGCUUAUAGUUGGCAGUUGGGUUGGUUUUUCUUCUAGCAAUGAAUUGCAAGCACUCUGCCUCUCUUGUUUCUUCCCUAUACAAUUGGUGCUUCCAAGUGAGGGAAUAUCCUGUACUAACAAACUUAUACUGGAAUAUUAAAGGACAGACACCGGGAAAGCCUUCCACAGUAGGUGCAAUUAUUUAGCAAACAUUAUCCUGGAGGUAGGAGAUGUGGCUUUUGAGUGCUGUAUGGCUGCACGCUAUUUCCCACUGCUCCUUGCUGAGGCCAAGCAAAGAGUUUGCCUUUAUCUUGCUUGAUACAGCUUCACUUUGUGGACUCUGUGUUUCUGUCAACAUGAUGUAAUUCUUUUCAGGGAUUCUGUGUUGGUCAGCAGAGGCUCCUGUGAUCCUCCUCUGGAAGAGACCCAGCAAGGAGUUUGGUGUGGAAUAGAUGAUUUAAAUAGGAUCUGCAUAUCCAUAACGUUUUCCAUUCCUGUAGGCAGUGAAACUAGAUAAUGACUCAGAAGAAAUGGUCUCAAACGGAUUCCUGUAACACCCCUACUUCAAGCAAGAGCCCUGUGCUGGGCGGUCCAUGGCUGGUUGCAGCAUGUUUUGCCUGGAUGACGGGGUCUUGCAUUGCACUGUAAGCCAGAAUUCAGAGUGCACUGGAAAACUUCAGCUGCUUGGGAAGAAGGGGUCCAGCACUGUGAAGUCUGUGCUCAGGCUGCAGUGUGUCUCCAGGUCUUUUCACCAUGCAAAGAGUGCUGAAUUUCCACUGCUUUACUGUACUGCAAAGUGAGAGUAGGAGGAGAAACGAGAGAUGCAAGACAUCUUUGGGACAGAGGGCAGGAUUCUUUGUGUUAUCCUGCUCCUCAGACAUUGUUAAGGAUCACACUGAGGCAGAGAAUCAGUGCCUGAUGUAGCCUGCCCAAGCCCAGUGCUGCCACAUGCUUGCCAUCCCACUUUUGCAGUUUCCUCCUGUGUUUGAUUCCUGAGCUGCAGUGCCAGGGAGACAUCACCAUUUCCCAGUGAUGCAGUGGAUUUGUUCCUAUAAUCUGCUCUCCUCUUCUAUUCCGUGCUCUCCUUUGCCCAUUUUCUCUGGGGUUUUUUUUUGUGUUCUGUGACAAUCUCAGAAGACACUGGCAAGGACCAGAGCCAGAAAAACCAUUUCCCAACUUGCAUUGCUGCCACCCUGCCUGCCUCUUAACCUGCUGCACAGCCUGGCUCUCUUCUGUGUGCUUUGGAUACCCAGAUGUUCAUCCUGCUUCCCUGUCUUUGGCACCAUCUUACCUUAGGGCAGAGGGAGGAAUUUGCUUUGUUUUUGCCUUGGUGGAGCAUUCAAUCCAAAAUCAAUAGCUAGAACUUCGUAUCUGCUAAUGAUUUCCCAAUCACCGUGUGCACAUCAGUCUUAUUUUCCCUAUCCUACGUGGCAUGUUUGACUUAAAAGGUCUGCAGUGUCUCUCCUUGAGGAAGUUCAGUAACAUACGGUGCCUUACUCUUUCUCAGCUCCUGCCUGUCUGCCUCUCCUCCAUCUCUUGGGGAGAGCAGGGAUGUUUUGACCCUUUCCUUCCUCCAUCUGUCUGCAGACUUCCAGUACCCAGAUGACAGCUUGUUUUGUAGCUGUGGUGGUUGAAAUGUCUCCUGGAAGUAAUCCUGAAUUUACAGAAUCCCCUUUUCCCUGCAGGAAGGGCCGUGAAGAGCCAGUGGAGCCACAUCCCUGGCCUGGUAGCUUCUUGCUGUUGCUGGUUUGCAGCACUGACGUUACAGCAGAAAGGCAGCCUCUCCUUGUCACAGCAGUAGCCAUCUGAACUGGCUUUUAAAUACAAGCUUUUUGAGAUCCGAAGCAUUUGGUGGUGUUACAGACUUGCCUACAGCACUGCCCCAUGCUGACAUCAGGCCACAGGUAUGUUAUGCCAGCCUGGAGUUGCCAAGGAGCAGGAGCAGCAAGGAAUCUUGCCAUCAUCUGCUUGCCAUGCUGUCACUCCCAGCAUCCUGAGCAGAUGUGAGGAGUGAGGUGCUGCCUGUCUGCAGCUGGUAGCCAUGGCCUUGGCUCCUAGUCAGGGAUACAAGAGCAGAGGGAGUGUGGAUGUAGUGGGGAACGUGGGUUUGAACCUGUUUUGCCCCUUUGUGUACUCUUGAGGGGUUUGCUACUGGAUCAGCAGCACCUUCUUAAAGGAAACAUGAUGCAUAUGUUCAAGUUUACAUGCACAGUGUUGUGUUCUUUUGAUAAAAACAGAAUAAAACUAUUUUGGUACUGUU